AUAUGACUACAACUUCACAGAAAUGCACACUCCUACAUCCAACCGUCUGCAGUGUGCCUUUUCCACUCAAGAGGACGUAAACGGGAGGGAGCUUCACCACUAUCAAGCAGGUAUGGCCCACAACUGAUGCAGAGAGUGCUUGAGAUGGCAGAGGGGAUUCAUGUUGGCGAAAUGCCCUCCUAUGAAUUAGUCCCAAGUACUGAAGCAAAAAAGAGGCCGAAUUCAUCUGAUGGAAGAGACGAGCCAAUGAGGAAGAUGCCCGUGUCCAAAUUUGGCUCUAGACCACGCUUCGAGCCGGUGCACUUUGUUAGCGGCGGAAGUUGCAGCAGCAUUGGUGGAGUGGGACGCAAUGAUGAGAAGGAGAACGAGAAGGAACGCAGGAGCGAGAAGCUGAACAGCGGGAGGCAGCGGGAGGCUGAGCAGCCGUAUGACAGCACUCGCGGCCAUUUCUCGUUCGACAGGGGACCGUACGGCUAUGAUUCCUGGAACGACCGCAGAGGCAAAGACAUUUCUUUCAGUGGGAAGAGUGGGCUCGGCUAUGGCGGCAGAGGGCCUGGUGCAAACUUUAUGGGGAGAAUGCAGCAAGAGUAUACUGCCAGGUAUGAGGCCCAUGCAGCAAGGCAGGCAGACUCGCCUUCCCAAAGCAGUAGAUACGAUGGAUAUGCAGGGAGCAGGUCCGGAGGCUGGGAUUCUGGACGGCAAGGUUUGGGCUUUGGUCAUCAGGACAGACCAUCAUGUAGCAGGCCCUUCACCAGAGUCUAUGACAGUCCAAGCAGGAGCAGCCCUGGCCUGCUCCCUACACCGUCUCUGCCAACCCCUGUGCUUCCAGCAACACUGGAGGAGAAACAAAGGCUAAUUGCCAGGGUUUCAUCUGCUAUAGCAGCUACUCUCCGGGAUCCUGUAUUUGUGAGUGGACCUGAUGCCCCAAAUUACAAUUUUAUUCUCAGUCGCAGCAUUCAAGCUUGUAAAACCAACCCAGAGUACAUAUAUGUCAACUUAAGGGAUAUCCCUCCUUCUGACCUGCCUAAGAACAGGAAAGUACCAUCUGAAGGGUAUGCCUGUGAGCUGCGUUGUUCGUGUGUGUACCUCGCCACGGGGUACUCUGGUAGUAAAAAUGGUGCCAGAGACCGCGCGUCAGAGCAGGCGGUCAAACUCUUUAUGAAGCCAGUGGAGGUUCGUGUUGUGCAGCGUCAGUACAAGCGCAAUUAUGUCAAUGACAUGGUGGUGUGCCAGCUAAACACUCCAACCCCAGCCUUAGUUCCACCUCUGCGCAACCCAGAGGACAACCCGCCACCCAACACCAAGGGUCAGUAUGUGCCUGACAAAAGCAAACACUGGACAGAGUUUGUCAUUAUGGAGAACGCCCAUGACGCCAUCUGCAUCCUCAACAAUUCGGCCGCCUACAACCGCAUGAAAAUCGAUUAUACGUUCGACCCGAUCCCUAACAGCAACAUGUGGCUGUGUAGCGUCUACCUGCAGGACGAGCUUGUGGCUCAGGCCAGAGGGACGAAGAAGAGUUCCAAGCACGCUGCAGCUGAGGAGGCCGUGAAGAAGCUGCGAAUGAACCAGGCAGCUCGCCAGGAGCAACAGGAAUACCACCACCACCACCAGCAGCAGCUGCAGCAGCAGCAGCAGCCGCAGCAGCAGCUGCAACAGCAGCAGUUUUCUCAAGGGAACCACAACUCUGAGCCGCCCACUGGCCGCUUUGGUCAGCACGGUGGCCGAAAGAAGCACCUCAGUGAACUGGUUAUUUUAGAAAACUCCGACAACGCCAUUUGCAUCAUCAAUGACACUGCUCAGUUCAACAAGGUAUCUGCUGACUACAAAUUUACCGUGCUACCAGACCAUCGCUGGAGAUGUGAAGUUUAUAUAGAGGGUCAGUUUGUGGCUGCUGGCAUUGGUCCAAAGAAGACUGUCAAACACGUUGCAGCAGAGGAGGCCAUUGCCACACUGAAACGGACACAAGCAGUGGUCAAAUCUAACCUCAGGAAGGAGGGUAAUGCGGAUGCCAUUUCCCGAAAUCAAAUUAUAGCUCGCUCUGGGGAGGAGUCCAUGCGACAAGAGAUCAAAGAGGAUAACAUUGGCAACCAAUUGCUUCGCAAGAUGGGUUGGACAGGUGGUGGGUUGGGCCGAGAGGGAGAGGGUAUUGCAGAGCCAAUCAUGGUAAAGGAACAGUUUACCAGGGAAGGACUUGGUAUGGACAUGGAUAGGCAUGGGAACCAGCUGACUAAGCGUGAUAUUGAGGACAUCAUACGUAAUUAUGCUUGUUCAGACCGCCAAGAUGACCUGCGCUUUUCCACUGAGCUCAAUAAUGAUGAACGCAAGCAGAUCCAUCAGGUCUCCCAGAAAUACGGGCUGCGGAGCAAGUCUUACGGGCAGGGCAGACAGCGCUUCCUCGUGGUCAGCCGGAGAGUGCAGAAGGAGCAGCUGAUUGGUCAGCUGUUGCAAGAGGGGCAGGUGGGACGAUAUGAGCUAGUAAAGCCUCAGGCCUCUCACUGACUGGAAAUGGUAGACCUCAAAGAAAUGUAUAGAUGAUCAUUAUUAUGAGUAAAGCAGUUGCACUCUGCUUCUUUGCUUCAAAAAAAAGUUUAAAAUGUAUUUUUCAAAAAAAAGUGUCGGGUAUUACGUGUUGCUUCUGCAUUCCUGAGAGGAGGAUCAUUUUUGGUGUAUGGCACUCUUUUCCUCUCAUGUAAUGCCAUAGAUUUUGUCUACUGUAGCUGAAGAUUUUCGCUAGGUUAGCUCAAGGCACUAUUAUGAACACAAGUUACCUUACUAAACAAGGUUUGUCACAUCUUAUAUCCUGUGAAUUUAUGGACAUGGACAUUAGUAGUGGAUCUUAUGGCAGCAUGUUCUCUUUUCAGAUUUGAACAUUCCAUUUUCAUAAUAGAAAAUAUAGCCACCCCCUCUUCAUAUGCUGUAAUUUAAACAUUUAAAUAAUAAUUUAAAAAAAUGUUUAAAAACCAACAUUCAGAAUUCAAGACAGAAGAAAAUAACAUUGUAUACUUAUUUGUCACUUUACAUCAGGUAACUAAUGCUAGAGGUAUUUUAAAAGAUCCAAGGUGUCUUUGGAAGCUAAUUAUCUCAACUGCCUUCCCAUAAUUAAUGCCUGAGCAGAUGUUCUUGUUAUUUGCUCUACAGAAGUCUUUAGGUUUUGUGAAUACUGUUUGUCUGCUUGUUUUGACAUACAUAUUAAACAAACUUAAUCUGUCCAUA